AUGGACAAAAACAGGAAAAGGCUGAGUAGUACCCCUUCUCACCACUCGGGGGCGUCGAGGAAGCAUAGUGAACUGAGUCGGGUAAGCGGCGGGGAGCGCGGCUGUCCAAAGUGCGCAUGCGCCUUGAUUGGUUGAGCCUUCCCGGGCAGAACGUUCUCCCCUGCUCCGCACAAUGAGCUUUCCCUGCACUUUCCCUACUGCGAUAUUUAUUGAUUGCAUUGAUUGAUCGAUUGAUCUCACUUUUCGUACAUAGUUCUCCUUUAAGCACUGAGAUCAGGCAAGGAGCUUCAUUGAUCGAUUGCAUUGUUAUCUCACUUUUCGUACAUAGUUCUCCUUUAAGCACUGAGAUCAGGCAAUGAGCCUCAUUGAUCGAUUGCAUUGUUAUCUCACUUUUCGUACAUAGUUCUCCUCUAAGCCCCGAGAUCACCCAGUGAGCUUCAUGGCUAAGUGGUGAUUUGAGUCCUGAUCGACCCACACGCUAACACGUGUUUAUUGUGGAGUCAGUGAGAUGCUAGCUAGCAAUAUUGAGACGCCACAGGUUCUGCCUUCCAUGCAACGUUGUGCGGCUUCCCUAUACACGGCUGCCUUUAGAUGGCUCGGGGGUUGGAUAACUCCAUACCCUACAACAUUUCUCUGAUGAAAAUAGAAACAUCCUAAGAAACAGCGGGUCAUUCCGGGAUCAAAUCAGAAACUGAAAUGGCUUCUGUAAAUACAGGACUGUCCCUGGCAAAUAAGGGACACUUGGAGUGUCUGGGUGUGUAUGCAGCCUGAGUCCACCUCUGCCUGCCACAAACAAAGCUCCUCAUUGAUUUCAGUGUUGGAAACUCUGGAAAAAAAUGUUGAAGAUAAACUUUCGCCAAGAGUUGACAGUGAAUGCCAAAUAAACAAUUUUGUUACCUUGCCUUAUUAUUUGAUAAUGCUUAUAACUUUAUUAUUAUUAUUAUUUUGAAGCCUAAAAGUGUGAUAAUGUGAUUCCUAAAUUAAUUACGGGGCAUUCCAGCCUUCACAGAUUGGGAGACACAGAGCUUCAAGCCAUGACAUUUCAGGUUUGGACCCAGAUGAUGAGUCUAUUACAGAUAUGACAAGAAAUGAGCUCUUGGCGUUCAAGGCUAGUUUUGCAAGACCAAAAUAUGCGAACACAUACAGAAUGGAACCCUAUAGAAAAUGUGAGGCUCAUGUAAUAAGGAAGAAAGCUGAAGAGAUCUUAAAGGUAGAGUUAAGAUUUGCUAUGGCGCACUAGUUCUGCUUCUAAACUUUAUACACGGUAUACAAACUCACUACUAGCAGUUGCUCAAUGCCUCAAAAUUUAUUUGACCAUGCAAAAUGGUUUAUAAUAGACUAUUGUUUGCUAUAGUAAAGGUAUCUGUCUCAGUUUUUUUUAUUAUAUGUUAAUAUGAUGCAUUUUGAUUUUAAGGAACAAUUCAAAUUGUCUUGGUUUGUGUACAACCUUUGUACAUGAGAAUAGGUACAUGAAUUUGAAAACCAGGGCAGGUUACAAAAUGCCCUCUUCUGGGCCACCACCACCAGAACUUCUGAGGGCUGUGGAACUACCAAGAGAGUUCCUUCUGUUGAUCUUAACACAGUGGUGCCUCGCAAGACGAAAUUAAUUCGUUCCACGAGUUUUUUCGUCUUGCGGUUUUUUUCGUCUUGCGAAGCACGGUGUUGGAAAAGUUUUGGAAAAGCUUCAAAAAUCACCAAAGUAUUCAAAAACCUCAAAAAGGGCUACCACACCGCGUGCUAUGAGUUGCUCCUCAAAGUCAAGUCGCAACUGUAUUAACGGUUUUAAGAAAAAGGAAACAAACUUGCAAGACAUUUCCGUCUUGCGAAGCAAGCCCAUAGGGAAAAUCGUCUUGCGAAGCAACUCAAAAAACCAAAAACCCUUUCGUUUUGCAAGUUUUCCGUCUUGCGAGGCAUUCGUCUUGCGAGGUACCACUGUACCUGGAAGGGUGCAGGAGGUGGUAGUGGACUUUUCCAUUUAAAAUAAAAGUCUUUGUGCAUAAAAAUCUGAAGUACACCUUCUAGGAAGAACACUUUGCUUAAGGUAGUUUCACUGACUGAGCUAAACAAAAUAUUUGAAUACUGUGUUUGCAAAAAUGUACAAGAUUUAGGGUGUGAGUGUUCACUUAUGAAUAUUACAAAAAGAAAUUGUAAAAUUCAUUAGCAGGAGAACUAUCGUUAUAUAUAUUUGUUAAAGUGAGUGUAAAAUUUCAACAGAGAUGUUUUUUAUAUGAAUACUGGCAACUCUGUGUUUAAUUCUCAAUAGAGCAAACUUCAAGAUUUUAAAUAUGCUGGUCAGAAUGGCUCCAUGAUAUGUAUAAGCCUCACAGAAGAUUUAUUAGCAGCUGUCAAGGAUUUGAACUAUGACCGUUACAAGUAUGUGGUCCAAGUAUUUCUUGUGGAAAAGACUGGUCAGUCAGUAAAUGUGAGUAAAGAAAUACACUUGUUACAACCCCCUCUGAAAACCUAACUGCUGAAGAAAUCCUUCACUGCACCGUAGCUGUGUCGAAUAGUGCAUCUCAGACGAGAGCGUAUCAGGACCACCUGUCUCCUUAUGCUCCCCACUUAAUUGCACAGGUCUUCUGAUGGGGCACCUUUGGUGGUCGUCCCCCCAUGCCCUCCCCAAUGGCUUUUACCAGGCGCUGAGCCUUUAGUGCAGCAGGCUCUGCCUUGUGGGGCUCUUGCCAAUAGAGGUUCAGCAGCAGUCAUUUUUGCUUGUUUGUAGAUGUCUUCUAAAAAUUGUAUAAUCCAGACAGGCCUUUCAAACCCAAGGCUCGUUGCCAACCAGCUCUUAGAAGAGAAGAAGAAGAGUUUGGAUUUGAUAUCCCGCCUUUCACUCCCUUUAAGGAGUCUCAAAGCGGCUAACAUUCUCCUUUCCCUUCCUCCCCCACAACAAAUACUCUGUGAGGGGAGUGGGGCUGAGAGACUUCAAAUAAGUGUGACUGGCCCAAGGUCACCCAGCAGCUGCAUGUGGAGGAGCGGAGAUGUGAACCCGGUUCACCAGAUUACAAGACUACCACUCUUAACCACUACACCACACUGGCUCUCUUACUGAUGUGCUUGGCAAAUACUGUGGUUUUUGGUUUGCAUACCGCCUUGUAAUAUUCUAUAUGAAUGUGUGGUUUGUAAAGAAAUAAACAAUAAACAUAAAAUAAGUGUUUUUUUUAUAAAAUUGCCACCAUUUCACCAAAAGAAUCAAAGUGGUUUACAUCACAUACACCAAAAACCACCUAAAACAUUUAAAACAGAUCACCUGUUGAUAUGCUCUAGUUGCAUAGAAAUAUUAAGUUACUUUACGAGAUUAGUAAAGCCCAUCUAGUCCAGCAUUUCAUUUCCAAUAGGAGCUAGCUAGAUGUAUCUGGGAGUUUGCAUUCAGAUGAUGGCCAGUCUCUGCUGCUUGCUCAUUAGUAGCCCCCAGGAAUUUGUAUUGUAUAUAUUUUUAAGCCAUCCUGACAUCUUGUAGCGAUUUUAGAACUAAAUUCCAUUCAUUGCAUGCUAUAUGGAAAAAUACUUCCACACUGCAGAAGGAAAACAUCUCCAUGGUCACAUCCAUACCAUACACAUGGUUUCCUGCAGAGAUAAACUACAGUUCCCAGGAUUCUUUGGGGGAAGCGAUGUGAUCUAAAUGCAUGGUGCGGCUGUGACCCACAUCCACCCUCUGUACUGUUACUCUUUCCAUAAACUUCUAUCAAGGUGUCUUUCCCCUGCGUUUUUCUAAAUUACCCUAAAGUGUGCGAUAUGUGCCCUUUCCUUUAGCUAAUUUGUUAAAGCAGAAGCUAUGAGCCAGAGAUGCACAUUGGAUCAGUUCUUCCAGUUAAUGUAAGGCCCAUUACGGCAAAUGAUUGUAUAUGGAAGCCAAGAGAUUCAUUUAUUUUGACUGCAUGUUGCAAAAUAAUUCCAUGAGUCUGUGAUCAGAAUUUAAGAUUGUUUGGGCUAUUAAAACUAUUUUAGCUUGAUUUUGGAAAAGCAAAUUAAUACCCAUCUGCAGGUGAAAUUAUUGAAGAUCCCUUCUGAAAUGGUAGUGCUUGUAAUUCACAGAUAAUUUUGGUUUUUUAAAAAAGUCAGUAAAGGAGUUGAUCCUUUGUGCAGGAUCUCCUGCUACAAGAAAGGUAUUUGUUUUCAAAUUUCUUGUGGGGCUAAUUGGUCAAUUAUUUUCUCUUUCCCCCACUCUAGAUUGCCAGCAGAUGGGUCUGGGAUGUUGCAAGGGACACCUGGGUUCAAGCUCAACAUGAAACUGAGGAUUUUGUUAUAAUAGCUCUGAUCAUUGCUUGCUAUUAUGAGUGA